UUCAAUGGCCAAGGCAUACCGAAAAGAUGAAGUCGAUAAAUUAAUGGCCAAAGUUGAAAGAAUCGAUCAACGGGUGGCACAAUAUUUAAAAAAUGCAGGAUACGAAAAGUGGUCAAGAGUUCAUGCCACUGUCAACAGGGGUAGAAUGAUGACUUCUAACAUCGCAGAAUGUAUCAAUGGAUGUCUUGUUGAAGCACGAGAGCUGCCUAUAAUUGACUUUUUGGAGCAAACGAGAAUGUUAUUUGGUUCUUGGAACUGCAAAAAUAGGGAAAUAGCAUCUUAUACAAAAUAUACUUUGGGUAGAAAAUUUGAAAAUAUCCUAGUUUCAAACACGAUCAAGUGUUCGCGAAUGAAGGUUGUUGCUUCAUCAGAAUAUCUUAGCAAGAAUAUUACUGACCUGCACCCAUACUAUUCUGAUUACUACAAACCAGAGGCGUUGGCAAAUACUUAUGAAUUACCAAUGGUUCCAAUGCCAAAUAAGAAAGACUGGACUGCUCCGAAGGAAAUUUUGGAAGAAUUUGUCUUGCCGCCAAUAUACAAAAGGAUGCCAGGAAGACCAAAGAAAGGGAGAAAAAAGUUUGCUAAUGAGAAGAUAACAAGUAGCACAAAUUCUUGUGGACGUUGUGGCCACGAAGGCCACAACAGAAAGACUUGUAAUUUUAUUCCUAAAUAG